AUGGGCCCAAAAAAAUAUUCAGAGACUUUCUACCAUCCUUAUAAACCCUAUGAUAUUCAACUACAGUUAAUGGAAACCGUAUACAGAGUGCUGUCUGAAGGGAAGAAAAUAGCCAUCUUGGAAAGUCCCACGGGGACAGGUAAAACGCUGUCCUUAAUUUGUGCUACGAUGACUUGGUUAAGAACGAAUAAAGCAGAUAUUUUUACUCACAUGGAAACUAGCCCUAAAAAGAAUGAAGAUGGCAGUGAAAGUCUAAGCGACGAUGAACCAGACUGGGUAAUUGAAACUUAUCGGAGGUCGGUUUUACAAGAAAAGGUGGAUUUGCUAAAUGAUUAUGAGAACCACUUAAAAGAAAUUAACACAACUAGUCGCAAGCAAUUAAAAACAAUAUGUGACUUAAAUAAAGAGCAUGGAAGAUAUAGAGUAAUUGAUCCAUUAAAAAAGAGGCGUAAAGGUGUCCAGCAUCUUGAUAUAUCACUUGAAGAACAAGAUUUCAUUCCACAUCCCUACGAAUCAGAUUCUGAAAGGGAUGAUGCUUCCAAGAGCGCAAGAGGGGGAAGGAUAUCUGACAAAGAUCACAAAUUGAGCGAACUAAACUUAGAAAUAACAACACUUUUGGACAAAAUUGAUGGAAAGAUUCCGAAAGAUCCGAGCAAUGGUGAUCGCUUUGGAGUUAUAAAUCAAAACCCAGUGAAAAUAUAUUUCGCAUCCAGAACUUAUUCGCAAUUAGGUCAAUUUACUUCGCAGUUAAGGUUGCCCUCAUUCCCAUCAUCAUUUAGGGAUAAAGUCCUCCAUGAAAAGGUGAAAUAUUUGCCACUUGCUUCAAAAAAGCAACUUUGCAUCAAUCCAAAAGUGAUGAAGUGGAAAACACUGGAGGCUAUUAAUGACGCGUGUGCGGACCUUAGACAUAGCAAAGAGGGAUGCAUGUUUUAUCAAAAUACAAACGAAUGGCGUCACUGCUCUGAUACGCUAACUCUCAGAGAUAUGAUUUUCUCAGAAAUUCAAGAUAUCGAAGACUUAGUUCCCAUGGGAAAAUCUUUGGGAGUUUGUCCGUAUUACGUAUCAAGGGAGGCACUUCCUAUUGCGGAGGUGGUGACUUUGCCAUACCAAUACUUGCUUUCUGAGUCUACCCGUUCGAGUCUUCAAAUAAACCUUGAAGAUUCUAUAGUAAUCAUUGAUGAGGCUCACAAUUUGAUAGAAACAAUAAAUUCUAUAUACUCCUCCCAGGUCUCGUUGGAGGACCUAAAGGAUUGUCAUAAGGGUAUAGUAGCGUAUUUCAACAAAUUUAAAUCCAAGCUCAAUCCUGGUAACAGGGUAAAUUUAUUAAAGCUAAAUUCGCUUCUGAUGACGCUGAUACAGUUUAUAAUCAACAAUUUCAAGAAGAUAGGACAAGAAAUAGACCCUAAUGAUAUCUUUACGGGAAGUAACAUCGAUACCUUAAACAUCCACAAACUAUUGAGAUAUAUAAAAGUUUCCAAAAUUGCUUACAAAAUUGACACGUAUAACCAGGCGCUAAAAGAGGAGGAAUCGUUAAGAAAUGAAAAACCAAUAAAAGAAGCGCAUAAGAAAUCAGUUUCUUCCCAGCCAUUGCUUUUCAAGGUUUCCCAAUUCUUAUCCUGUUUGACAAAUUUGACGUCAGAAGGCCAGUUCUUUUUUGAAAAAAGUUACUCAAUAAAGUACAUGCUUCUAGAACCAAGUAAGCCUUUUGAGUCAAUACUAAAUCAAGCAAAAUGUGUUAUCCUUGCAGGGGGGACAAUGGAACCCAUUGCUGACUUUUUGUCGAAUUUGCUACCCGAAGUUCCUUGUGAAGACAUUACGACCUUUUCAUGCAACCACGUUAUACCAAAAGAGAAUUUGCAAACUUAUAUUACGAACCAACCUGAGCUUGAGUUCACAUACGAAAAAAGAAUGUCUUCUUCGCUUGUAAAUAACCAUCUAUUCCAAUUUUUUUUUGAUCUGAGCAAAGCAGUUCCCAAAAAGGGUGGUAUGGUGGCUUUUUUCCCAAGCUACCAGUAUUUGGCGCAUGUCAUUCAGUGCUGGAAACAGAAUAACAGAUUUGCUACAUUAAAUAGUGUGAGGGAAAUAUUCUAUGAAUCAAAAGACGGCGAUGACAUUCUAUCCGGAUAUUCUGAUUCGGUAGCAGAGGGCAAGGGGUCUCUUUUGCUUGCAAUUGUUGGAGGAAAAUUAUCAGAGGGAAUAAACUUCCAAGAUGAUUUAUGUAGGGCUGUGGUGAUGGUAGGCCUGCCUUUCCCAAAUAUCUUUAGUGGAGAACUAAUAGUUAAAAGGAAGCAUUUGGCUGCUAAAAUAAUGAAAUCAGGCGGGACACAAGAAGAAGCUUCGCGAGCAACGAAGGACUUUAUGGAAAAUAUUUGUAUGAAAGCUGUUAACCAAAGUGUUGGACGCGCUAUACGGCAUGCAAAUGAUUACGCAAACAUUUACUUGCUUGAUGUACGAUAUAACAGGCUCAAUUUCCGGAAAAAAUUGUCACGUUGGGUGCAAGAUUCAAUCAAUGCCGAACAUACAACUCAUCAGGUUAUUUCCUCAACGCAGGCAUUUUUUGCAAUGCACAGCCUAAAUUCACACUAA